AGCCGAACGCAUUUGUGCAGCGGUGGGCGGUAAAAGUCUCCAAAACAGCCGAGAGACUUAUAAAUGUGCGGACCUUUCACAGGUGAUGGCAACUUCACUUCUUGGGGAGGAACCGAGGGUUGGAUCCACUCCACUGGCCAUGUUAGCAGCAACCUGUAACAAAAUCGGGAGCUCGAGUCCCUCCUCGGACAGCGGCUCGUUUGGAAAAGGAGGUUUUCACCCGUGGAAGCGCGCGGCGCCCAGCAGCUGUUCUCUCUCCCCGUUCGGAGCGCAACGGAACGAGACAUUCAGCGCCAACAGCUCGUUCUCCCUGGCGGGCUCGAACACAUCCACCAGUCCGUUUGGAAACGAUUAUCCCGUGUUUCAGACUUCAGUCGCGAACAGUUCCCCGGACCCGAGCGCGCAGUCGGUGUUCAUCUCGAAAGUGGACACUCUGCAGGGGAUUUACCCGAGGAUGAGCGUCGCGCACCCGUAUGAGACUUGGUUCAAAUCCGCGCAUGGUGGCAUCUCCGCCGGGGACGUGGGCACCGGUAGCGGGUCCUCCUGGUGGGAUAUGGGCACCGGCUGGAUUGAUGUUCAAAGCGCGAACGGCGCCGCGCUCCAGACCUCUUUACAUUCGCCCCUGAGCGGGUACAACUCAGACUAUUCCUCCAUAACUCACUCCGCAUUCAGUACCAGUCCAUCUCCGCAUCUUCUUACUGGUGGGCAGCACCUGAUGGACGGAUUCAAACCGGUUUUAUCCGCUACCUACCCAGAAACCAGUCCCGGUGCCACAAGCGCAGUUUUAUCCGGGUCCCCGGUGUUACCGCUUGCCGGGUCACCACGCUCAUCCACCAGGCGCUACUCGGGCAGAGCCACCUGCGACUGUCCGAACUGCCACGAGGCGGAGAGGUUAGGGCCCGCGGGGGCCAGUCUGCGCAGGAAGGGCCUCCACAGUUGCCACAUCCCGGGCUGCGGGAAAGUAUACGGAAAGACUUCUCACCUCAAAGCGCAUUUGCGCUGGCACACCGGCGAGAGGCCGUUCGUCUGUAACUGGCUGUUCUGUGGGAAGCGCUUCACCAGGUCCGACGAGCUCCAGCGGCAUUUACGCACACACACCGGGGAAAAGAGGUUCGCCUGUCCGGUGUGCAACAAGCGCUUCAUGCGCAGCGACCAUCUCAGUAAACACGUGAAAACACACAGCGCCUGCGAGCCCGGGUCAACCGGGGUUAAAAAGGGCAGCGAUACCGACAGCGAACAGAGUGUACCGGGCAGCCCAGCCUGCCAGUCCCCGGAAAUCAUCCACACCACAGAACCCGUGCAGAACGGCCUCUGAAAACAACCAUACACACGCGCUCUUAAAGAUAAACGUUCCAAUUACAGCCAAAACAUGUUUAAAAAACCAACUCUUUACUGUCAAAUUCAUUCGAAAUUGGUAUAUUGGUUAUUAAAGAACCCCGAAACACUGACCUGAAGAAAUGAUAUCCAAAGAAACAUAUCAUUCUUUUGAAAAAAGGUUCCAAAAUGUUCUUCUUAAAAGAGCCAAUUUUAAACUCUACAAAACAUGUUUUUCCACUGUAAAGGUUCAUCCUCCUGAGACCCAGGAAAAGUUUUUUGAAUUUAGUAUUUUUUCAUGUCAUUACAUUGUUUAGAGCAUAAGAAAAAGAUUUUAAUUGUUUUUUAUUCUUAUUUUAUGCUAUGUCCUCUGUAGUGGCAAGACAUAAAAUGAAAGCUCAUGGCAAA